AUUAAUAAUAAACACAUCACUCGAAGUGGGAGUUGUUUACUGUUAUUAAGUGAUUGUCGUCGAAGAUAUUGAAGACUCUAUUUCCAGAGAUAUAAACUUCUUGUAGCUGUUUGUUGUGGUGAACAUCAUUUAAACCGGAAGAAUGAGUGCAAAGGAUAGGAUUGCAGUGUUUCCGUCGAGAAUGGCUCAGACCAUUAUGAAGGCUCGACUAAAAGGCGCACAAAAGGGUCACUCUUUGCUUAAGAAGAAAUCGGAUGCUUUGCAGAUGAGAUUUCGGAUGAUUCUCAAGAAGAUUGUCGACACCAAGUCAUUGAUGGGCGAUGUCAUGAAAGAGGCAUCAUUUAGCUUAGCUGAGGCCAAGUUUACGAGCGGUGACUUCAAUGCCAUAGUUCUGCAAAAUGUCACCAAAGCUCAGAUUAAAGUCAAAUGCAAGAAAGACAACGUCGCUGGUGUUACUUUGCCGGUCUUCGAGAGUUAUCAGGACGGCAGCGAUGUUCAUGAGUUGGCUGGUUUGGCCAGAGGUGGCCAACAGUUGGCCAAAUUAAAGAAAAGCUACGCCCGAGCAAUACAAUUGUUGGUCGAUUUGGCGUCACUUCAGACUAGUUUUAUAACAUUAGAUGAAGUGAUAAAAAUUACUAACCGUCGAGUGAAUGCAUUAGAGCAUGUGGUGAUUCCUAAGAUCGAGAAUACACUGAUGUAUAUUAUAUCAGAAUUGGAUGAAAUGGAAAGAGAAGAGUUCUUCCGGCUGAAGAAGAUUCAAGAAAAGAAGAAAAAGAUUAAAGCGGCUGAAGAACAGCUAAAACAAACGAGACGUGCGAUGGGAAUCGAUGUCGAUAAUGACGGACCAAAUUUAUUUGCCGAACAACACGAUGAAGACCUAUUGUUUUAGAUUUACCGUAAUUUUAGGAUUAUUUUUUGUUGUUGAGUAUCACAAUAUCAUUAUAUAAUAAAUAUUGUAUAUAUUCAAGAAAUAG